AUGACUCCUUCCAUCCUGAUCGUUGGCGCCACUGGCAACACUGGCCGAGCUGUCGCUCGGACGCUGCCAAAGUUGCUUCAAUCAAGCAGCAAUCUGUCUGGGAUCCGCAUCAUUGCUCUCACUCGCUCGUCGAGCAGUCCAGUAGCACGCGAGCUUGCCAAAGUACCUGGAGUCGAAGUGAUUGAGCAGAACUGGGUGGAGAUCUCCGCUGAAUGGCUCCGUGAACAACAAGUUAUCAGAGCCUUCAUUGCAUCUCAUAAUGAGCCUGACCAAUUUCCUCAUGAGUCGACCUUCCUUCUCAAUGCUCUUAAUGCCGGCAUCAAGUACGUUGUGCGGAUCUCGACAACGGCUGCGAAUGUGCGUCCGGAUUGUCCUGCCUACUAUGCACGCCAGCACUGGGCCAUCGAGGCUCUUCUCGGCUCACCCGAGUUUAACCAUUUGCACUGGACGUCUCUUCAACCAAACAUCUUCUCGCCACUGAUUUUGUCCCCUGCUGUGGAGUUGAUUAAAAAGUAUCGCAAGACUGGAGAGCAGGAUCCCCUUCGCCUGAUACUGUCAGAGGAUGCACCCGUCGGGAUCAUCGACCCCGACGAGGUUGGUGUUAUUGCAGCUCAUCUCUUGUCCCAAGAUGAUACUUCCGUGCAUCACAAGGCCAAAUACAUUCUAAACGGACCUGAGGACACAACUGGAAAGCAAAUUGUCCAAAUGAUUCAGCAAUACAUUGAUGCACCCGUCAAAGACGUUAUUUACAAAGACGUCUCUUUCAUCGACAUGAUAUAUGAGCACCAGUUUGCGGCUACCAAGCAAUCAAAGCAAGUCAUCUACUCAGUCAAGCGAGCGCCCGAGACAGCAUGGGAAGGGAAAUGCUCAGCUUCUACAACUAGCAAGGAGAUUCUGGAGCUCGCUGCUCCAAAACGGACACCUGCUGAUGUCUUAAAGACUUUACUAGAGGGGUAA